CAAAAUUAGCACGACGUUGCCGCGGCCGCCCCAGGAGCAUCGAUGCCACGCAGUCACCGUCACCGCGACCACGACAUCGACGAACUGUCCGGUUGGAGCAAUGCGCCCGACGGCGACCAUCAAGCAGGGUAUGACGAGAUGGACCAGCUCGAACGGUUUACUCUGGAUUGGUCGAAACCCAAGGCAAGGGAUGCUAGCGGGGGUAGGAGGCGCAUGCGGGAGAAGAAGCGACCGCACCGCCGGAAGCUCUCGUUUGACGAUGGCAUAUCUACGCCCCCGUCUGGCGUGCAACGCAUUGUCGUCGUCGUCCAAACGUCGAAACAGCGCCAUUCCGCGCCAGAUCCACCGACUCCGACGAUCACAUUCACGUCGCCUAGCAAAGACGUAGCCAACACUUCCCCGCGUCGUCAAACCGUCGAAGACCGCUGGCGCUUGACAUCUCCUCGGCGCAUGAAAGCCCUUCCGACGAACCCGCUCCAGACCACAAACGUACCAUUGCCUCUGCUUCGCAAAGCGGUCGACGACGCCCUUCGGCCGGCUGAGAUCCCCAAAGUUUCACCACGCGACCUGGUAUCGCCCGUUGGUGCGUCCACAAAAAGCAAGCCAGCAAGGUCCCACCUCCUGCGAGUUUGGCCCCUCGUCGUGUAGCUUGGCGUGAUCGAUGAUAUUUAUGGCAAGUCGCCGCCCAAACCAACGUGUGGCAUCUUCC